AUGAAAUUUAGAAAUUCAAAGUCUAUAAUGGAAUAAAACAUUUCCUGGCGCAACAGGCAUUAUCGCUAAAACACAUAAUUACAUGGUGCUGGUUUUCUUGUGUGUUUGAUCGAUAAAUUUCAAAUAUUUGGGGCGCAAGAAAUUCCUUCAUAUAAAGUUCUGCUUCGUUCGGAUAAAGAGUAUCGUUGUAGCGAUGUCAUAUAAAAGCCAUCAAAUUGGUCCAGAUCGUGUAUUUGAUCACCUGUACGACCCAAUUUAUACAACAGGAACGAAAGACAUCUGGAAAGAAAAUCAUAAUGCACUUUAUCGUUCGGCUCCGGUUCGGAUUUAUCCACAAUACGGAACAAUGUUCACUGAUUUGCCGAAACGUCCUCGCAACAUCUACAUUCAACAACGGAAUCCUCUGCCACAUUUUCCAUUUGUCGAUGAAAAUGGUAGUCGUAGUAAUGGGAAAAGAGAACGAAAAUGUACAGCAGCAGUCCUUGGUGGUCGUGAUAGAGCGAAAUUUUUCGACAUACCAUUAAACAAUGAAAUAAAUAUGAAUUUGCAAUUGGAUAUUGGCAAGGAUCACAUAUGCUGCCAUCAACGCUCAAUGACACCGACAGACGCUUUUCGGACAGUGGCUUGUGAAACUAUAUACAGAGAACAGUCUGCCCAAACGAAACCAUGGAUGCCGGAUUUCGUUGUCGAUGAUAAAUGUACCGAGACACCAGAACUGCUGUAUACAACCAAAGGUAUAACUGGUUAUUCGGCUCCGGGUAUAUUAGAAGUGAAACAAAUCGAAAGAGCUCGACGUCGUCGCCAGUUAGAAAAAGCAUUUGCUCGAAGUAAAUGCAAGAACGAUCCGACUAUGAGACGCGAAUUCUGGGAAGCAUUGGAAUGGGAAGACAGAGUUGCACGUGAAGCGGAAUUAGACUACUGUCAACAUUUACGUUUGGAAAUGGUUAAGAAGAUGAUGAACUCCAGGGACCAAAAGAUGCAGCAAAAUUUCACACUCGCAAUGGAGACAACCAUCAAUCGAUUGGAAGCUGAAAAAGAGAAAAAAAUGAAUAAUUUAAGAGUGAAUCAUCAGCGGACACUGAGGCGUUUAGACAAACAGUAUGGCGAGAAAUGUAAACGAAGUAAACUCUUAGCCCAAGAACAUCAGCAAACGACUUUUGUGUCGUACAAUACUGACUUCGAAGCUAGAUUGGAGGAUCUGCAUAAGAUGCCAACUAUGCCAACGAAUUUGGAAAGAUUUACUCAACCCAAAAUAGAUAUUACGAAGCCUAAACAACCGGUAAAGGAAGUGAAGAAAGGACUCUGGACAGAGAAGUUCUUAGUGAAUUUGUACGAAUCCUUGAAGGUUAUUCAACGGAAAAUAAUUCACCAACGAACUGCAAAAUGUUUGAUUGACAUUCAUGAAGAGGUUCAGAGUUAUGUAUCUACCAUAGAGCUAUCCGUGGAGAGUUUCAGUGAUGACAUGGACUACCAACAUGCGGUAUUCCUCCAAAAACUUAUCAAAGGACGUGCUAUUCAAAGUAUCUUGCACGAAGGUAAAGAAGCCAAUCAGGAACUUAUUGACCAAUUGAAAGAGACAUUUAAGUUGGAGUCGGUGUGGAAAGCUGAAUGUGCCGACGAUUGGAAUGAAGAAAAUUUGAUGGAAUUCCUUGGUGAAUAUAUCAAUCAAGAAUUCAGUCGGUAUACUGAACAGAAGGCUAUUCACGACCGACGUAUGUUACCAUUCAAACAAGAUUUAGAAAGAGAACGAGAAGAACAAAAGGAGCAACAGGAAGUGGUCGCGGAUUGUUUAGAUAAAGUCCUAGCGGACUUAAUUCUCCCAGAACUCGAAACUUCUGAUCAAAUGUCUAGUAGUCCGGUGAAUGAUGAUUCAUCAGAAAUAGUCCACGGUGUUUUCAAUAAUUUGAUCCUGCCAGAUAUUUACGAUAAUUUGCCAGACGAUUCAGAUGAGCAGCUGCAAAAGAGCGUAGUAGAUGAACAGAAUCAACAGAAGCUAGCUACCCAUGACACAGAGAAAGAAGAAAUUGUUGCACAUGCAAUCGAGCACAUCUUACAGAAAGUCAUUUCUCAUCCCGCAGCAGAUAUAACAAAUGACAUCAUGGAGGACAUUGUGAAAAAGACCGUGGAACUGUCUGCAUCGUUGAACGAACUCAAUGCGGAUAGUUUGGACAAAGAAAUCGGUGGUAUGCUGGACGAACUCUGCGAUCAGUUGUUGAGCAAUUUGGAACUGAACGAUGAAUCGGACGGAAGCAGCAGUGGGAAUGAUAGCCCUGAGUAAUGAAUGGACGUUGCAACGUAUUGAUUUUGUUUGUUAAAAUAGAAAUAGCAAAAUUCCGGGUAAUAAAAUCCAUG